CGACAGUUAUCUCCCUUAGACAGGCGACAAGCAUGGCCGGCGAAGAAAGUGUCAAGCAAUGCACAGACGAAGUUUCUACACCGUCAAGUGAUGAUAUCGAUGAUAUUAGGGAGCAUGAACAUUUUCUGAGAGUAAUCGAGGCAUUCAAAGGAUAUAGAUCCCACUGCCUGCGGCGAAUCCAAAGUGCAGAAGAUGAUUUUCUGGAGUUGCCAGAACACCAUCAGCAGUACCUGCCUAACUUUCGAGAUAACUUGGAUGUAAUGCGGACCUGUGUUGCCCACAAUCAUGAGGUCAUCAAAAUCAUGAUUCAAGAUGCAGAGACUAUGUUUGAGAACAGAAAUCAUGCCCUUGUCAAUGGAGAUGAUGACCCUCACAUUAAACCUACAGCCUUUGACAUGGACAAGGUCAAGACGACACUCAAGCAGUUUGUGCGAGACUGGAGUCAAGCAGGACGGGCAGAGAGGGCAGCCUGCUAUGAUCCUGUUGUUACAGCAGUAGAGAAAAGAUUCCCUUCUGAAACACACGAUCGUCGCUCAGUCAGCGUCUUAGUACCUGGAGCAGGUCUGGGACGCUUAGCCCACGAAUUUGCUCGACGAGGUUACAACUGUCAGGGCAAUGAGUGGAGCCUCUUUAUGCUCAUUGCUUCAAAUUUUGUUCUCAACAGGUGCAAGGAGGUAGAAGAUUUUCGUCUGUACCCAUGGGUACAUCAGUGGAGUAACAACAUGAGGAGCAGUGAUCAAACAAUGCAUGUGACAUUUCCAGACAUCAACCCAUCAGAUCUUGCAGAAGAUGUCAGUUUCUCCAUGGCUGCAGGCGACUUUUUAGAAGUGUAUAGAACAUCAGGUGUAUGGGACUGUGUGGCUACUGUUUUCUUCUUGGAUACUGCUCAUAACAUUGUGGCAUAUGUGGAAACCAUAUGGAAGAUUCUUAAACCAGGAGGAUACUGGGUAAAUCUAGGUCCACUGCUUUACCAUUACUCUGAAGUACCAGGGGAGAGCUCUAUUGAACUUAGCUAUGAGGAUUUGAGGAAUGUCAUUGGAAAAGUGGGGUUUGACAUUGAGGAGGAGAAAGAAAAUGUGAAAGCCACCUACACGCAGAAUCCAUUGUCGAUGCUGCAGUAUGAAUACAGAUGUGUCUUCUUUGUGGUGCGCAAGCCUCUGGAAGCUUCUUUGUCAUGACAUUUUUGCUUACAUUGUUUUUUCGUAAUAGUUCAUGUCAUUACUUGUGGUUUUGAUCACAAGUAAAGGAAAACAACUGUUUUUACCUCGUGAAUGAGCAUGCCAGUUUGUUGAGUUGUGGUCUUGCACAUGUGUGUGUGGGUGUAUGAAAGAGAGAGCAUGUUCUUGUGGUUUUAUGUAUGCCUAUCUCCAGGAGGUGUACACUGAAGUGGUAAGCAGAUUGGCCAUGUACGUUUGCAAAAUACACACAACUUUUCAGUCUUGCAUUACAGCAAAUGGAAAUAGCUGCUGAACUUUAAUGUGGUCCACUCUUUCUUUCUUUUUUUUUUUUUUGUGUUUCCACAAAAGUUAUUUAAUAGAGGCAAACCAGCAACACAUACUCAAUGUGGUCCACUCUUUCUUUCUUUUUUUUUUUUUUGUGUUUCCACAAAAGUUAUUUAAUAGAGGCAAACCAGCAACACAUACUCUCAGUAUGAUUAAUAGCUGUUACCAACACACAGACAAGCUUUUUGUAUGUUCAUGAAAGGGGAUUUGACAUUAAAUAGGUACAUGGGUUAUUCAUAAUUUUUUAUAAACAGUUGAAUUUUCUCUAAGCCUAAAUGUGACUUUUAGUAAAUGAGUUCUAGAUUUCUUGAGAAUCAGUCAUUAUUAUUCAAUAUCUAUUUGAAUACCUUCAUGUAAAUCUGCUGCACAUUUAUCUGAAUUUACAGAUGACUUUUGUUGUAAAUAAAUUAUAAUGAUAUCUUGUA